GAGAGUGUUUCUAUUAGUGGGCUUGACAUUUGUUGCAUGCUGUGUAAUCUUGUUCCAAAAAAUGAAGGGCAAUGAAAGUGAAUAUAUGAAAUUCUAAGUUAAAUCUUAAGCAAACGUUAAAUAAUAUGGCUGGCCCUUUUCUUUCACCGAUGCCUGGUGAUUUGUUAAACGAGUACAUGUUCGGUAGACGGCGGCAAAGGCGAAAUCGAACUACUUUUACUCCACAACAGUUACAAGAGUUGGAACAACUGUUCCAUAAAACGCACUAUCCUGAUGUUUUUUUACGUGAAGAGAUCGCUCUGCGGAUUAGUUUAAGUGAAGCUCGUGUCCAGGUUUGGUUUCAAAAUCGUCGUGCCAAAUGGAGAAAACAUGCUCGUUUGCAAUUGCUACAAGAUGCUUGGCGAAUGAGAUGUUUAGGCAUAGGUACCGCGCAAAUGGUCAUCGAUUCUCAAGCAGCAACCAACGAUAGUAACAAUAUUCUUAAUGGAUCUUCCAAUUGUUCCAACGAGCAUCAAACUUCGCAAAGCGGCGCAACUUCAUGUUUAACUGAAUCUGAAUUUCCCCUUAUGCAUCCGGCGUUUAAAAAAAUAAAUAAUUUCAACAUCGCCAGUAAUGGAAAUAAUACAUCAAGUAUAGAACACAAAGGAGGUACAACAUCGGAGAGCCUUUGA